CAGCCCGUCACCGCCCCUCACGCCACGUGCCCCUCCUCCUCCCCCUGCGCACGUCACUCACCACGUGGCGCGGGUCACUCGGGGCUCGCCUCUCGACCCGCUCCGUCUCCCACCGCUCGCCCUCGCCAUGGCGCCGCUCGCCGCUCCCAGCUCCCUCCUCCUCCUCUUCGUAGCGACUCUGCUCGGGCUCGCGGGGUUCCUCGCCUGGAUGAGGCCGCGGCUCCGGCGGUACGUGGCGGGGAGGCGGUGCCCCUCGGCGGCGCGCGUGGACGGGAAGACGGUGGUGGUGACCGGGGCGAGCAGCGGCAUCGGCAAGGAGACGGCGCUGGAGCUGGCGAGGAGAGGUGCACGAGUCAUCAUGGCGUGCCGGGACACGCGCAAGGCCGAGGCGGUGGCGAGCGAGUUGCGCGCGCAGUCGGGGAGCCAGGAUGUGCACGUGCGGCACCUCGACCUCGCCAACUCGGCCUCCAUCCGUGACUUCGCACAGAAACUCCUGCAGGAGGAGCCUCGGGUGGACGUGCUCGUCAACAACGCCGGCGUGAUGAUGUGCCCCUACCAGAAGACGGCCGACGGCUUUGAGAUGCAGCUGGGCGUGAACUACCUGGGCCACUUCCUGCUCACCCACCUCCUGCUGGACGCGCUGCGGCGCAACGGCGGGCGCGUGGUGUGCGUGGCGUCGCUCGGGCACAUCUUCGGCCGCAUCUCCUUCUCGGACCUCAUGUCGGCGCGCUGGUACUCGCCGGGGCUCGCCUACUGCCAGAGCAAGCUGGCCCUGGUGAUGUUCGUGCGGAGCCUGGCGCGCAGGCUGCAAGGCACCGGCGUGUCGGCGUUCGCCGUGCACCCGGGCACGGUGCACUCGGAGCUUCCGCGUCACUCGAAGCUCAUGACGCUGGCCUGGUGGCUCUUCUCCCCGUUCAUCCGCACGGCCGAGCAGGGAGCGCAGACCUCGGUGUUCUGCGCCGUGGCCCCCGAGAUAUCGGCGCUGUCCGGGGGAUACUUCAGCGACUGCGCCGAGGCGGCCGUGGCGUGGCAGGCUCGCCGCGACCCCACGGCGCGCAGACUCUGGGCCGAGAGCUGCCGGCUGCUGGGCGUUCGCUGGGAGUGAGCGGCGUCGCGUUCCUGGGGACUGGUCUCAAGGACCCUCCCGCCCAACAACUCGAGCACCAGCUGGGACUGCGUCGUGUGCCGCGUACACGCAGCCAGACGCACGCACGCACGCACGGGCAGAUACGCACUGACACAGGCAGCUAUUCAUCGCAGAGGGUGGCUGCGAGCAUAAAUCAAACUCGGAUAGCCAGGUUCGUUACGCGGGGCGCUAAGCACUGCGCCACCACUCCACCCAAAGAUCCCCUGCAUAGCCUUACCAGACUAUAGCACCACACCCGGCCGCCUGUCUCCCUUCGUGCCAAUGCGUACACACUGCACCAGGUACUCGUUUGAG